AUGGCGGCUCCAUUACCCCGAGUUUUUAUGGAUUUGACUGCUGAUGGUCAGCCAAUAGGAAAAGUUAUUUUUGAGUUACGAAACGAUGUUUGCCCAAUAACAGUUGAAAAUUUUCGAGCGCUGUGUACAGGUGAAAAAGGUUUUGGAUAUCAAGGCUGCAUUUUUUACCGUGUCAUUCCUGGAUUUUGCGCUUGUAGCGGCGAUUUUGAAACAAAUAAUGCCGAUCGAACAGGUGGACGAUCAAUCUAUGCAGAAAAAUAUUUUGACGAUGAAAAUUUUGAACUCAAACAUGACAGUCGUGGUGUUCUUUCUAUGGACAAUUAUGGGUGGCCAAAUACUGUCAGCUCCAGAUUUUUUAUCACCUUUGACGAGGCUCCCUGGUUAGACGACUAUCACGUAGCAUUUGGAAAAGUAGUGGAAGGUUGGGAUACACUUGAUAAAUUGGAAUCCUAUGGCACCAUUGAAGGUUAUGGAGUUCAGGAAGGAAAAACUACAGCAGAAAUAAGAAUUCGAAGCUGUGGAGAACUUUAA